AUGACGGUAGUAGUAUUAUUUUCCAGAAGCCAUCUGGUGUCCAUAUUGGGGACUUCCUUCACAAUCGCAGCCAUUCUCUUCUCGCUUCCGCGCGAGUACAAAGAAGACGAAAGAGGAGGAGGAACAGUUUCCCCUGUUCCUACCGUUGUCUUCAACACCCUCCCUCCUUCUACCUUCCACCUCUUCGUACUCUCUCUCAUCUUUGCCUUCACCUUUUCUCUCUCCGCCCUCCUGAUCCAUGACUCCUCCUCCUCCGAUCAUAACACUGCUACGAACAAAAGUGGUUGUAAUCAUUCCCGGCAUGAGCAUCUUGUGAUGAAGCUGUUCGGUUGCUCCUCCCUGGCUUCUAUCGCCUCCGCUCUCGCUAUUCUCUUUCGGGCCUUGUUAUUGACCACAACUUCUUCGCCGCCGCCUCCUCUGCGAUGAUGUUGAUGUGCAUGUGCAUGUGUGUGGAUUCCAUUUGUGCAGGAUUCGUGUUUGGAAUUGCUACUCCGAACUCAUUUUGAGUUAUGUCAUUCUGUGCGGACAUCUAUGUCUAAAUUUGUGUCAAAAGUUGUAAUGAGUAGUGUUUUAUGCAAUACUAGCUAGUAGUUGUGUAGGGAACUUGGCAUAUUUUUAAGUUGUGUAUCUCAUGUGAGAAAGAAGUUAAACAUAUUCAUAUUCAAGUCUCUUUUUUGGAUUUAA